AUGGCAUUGACCCUCCAAACCGCCAUCAACCAGGGCAAUCCCCUCGCCGAGGCCGUCAUCGUGCCCUCCAAGCCCAACGCCCUCACCAAGCGCUACUCGGAGCUCCAGGCCGACGUGUCCGCCUUCCAGCGCAAGCUCGCCGACCUCGGCAUCACCAAGGCCGCGCCCGUGAGCAUCGCCCUCGUCAACUCGUACGAGUUCAUCGUCUCCUUCCUGGCCGCCUCGUGGCAGCGCGGCAUCGCUGCGCCUCUCAACCCCAACUACAAGCAGGACGAGUUUGAGUUUUACAUUGACGACGUCAAGAGCGCCAUCGUCCUCGUUCCCCGGGGUGCCUGGGCUGCCAACGCUCCCAGCGUCAAGGCCGCCAAGAAGUUCAAUGCCGCUGUCGCAGAGUGCUACUGGGACACCUCCAAGGGCGAGGUUGCUCUGGACGUCAAGGACUAUGGCCUCCUGAAGGGUAAGACGGAAAAGGUCUUGACUGCUGAGCCUGAUGAUGUUGCUCUCAUUCUCCACACCAGUGGCACUACAUCUCGACCCAAGGUGGUUCCUCUCACUCAUCGCAACCUGACCCGAACUAUGCACAACAUCAAGCAGACAUAUCAGCUCACCGAUAAGGACCGAACCAUGCUGGUCAUGCCUCUGUUCCACGUCCACGGCCUGCUCUGCGGUCUCCUAGCGCCCCUCUUCACCGGCGGUUCCAUGGUCGUGCCCACCAAGUUCUCAGCCUCUGAGUUCUGGGUCGACUUUAUCGCCCACAAGGCCAACUGGUACACAGCCGUCCCUACCAUCCAUCAGAUCCUGCUCAAGAACCCUCCCCCGAGCCCCAAGCCAAGCAUUCGCUUCAUCCGCUCCUGCUCCAGCCCCCUGUCGCCCACCGUCUUCCAGCAGCUCGAGGAGACAUACAACGCCCCCGUCCUCGAGGCUUACGCCAUGACCGAGGCGUCGCACCAGAUGACGUCGAACCCUCUUCCCCCUGCCAAGAGAAAGGCUGGCACCGUCGGUAUCGGCCAGGGCGUCGAGGUCAGGAUCCUCAACGACCAGGGUGAGGAGGUGUCCCAGGGCUCCGAGGGCGAGAUCUGCAUCAAGGGCGAGAACGUGACCAAGGGUUAUCUCAACAACCCCUCAGCCAACGCUUCUUCUUACCACAAGAACGGCUUCUUCCGCACGGGUGACCAGGGCAAGAAGGACGAGGACGGAUAUAUCAUCAUCACCGGCCGCAUCAAGGAGCUCAUCAACAAGGGCGGCGAGAAGAUUAGCCCCAUCGAGCUGGACAAUGUCCUGACCCGCCACCCCAAGGUCAGCGAGGCCGUCAGCUUUGCUAUCCCCGACGAGGUGUACGGUCAGGACAUUGGCGUGGCGGUGGUUCUCAAGAACGGCGAGAAGCUGACGGCCAGCGAGCUCAAGGGCUGGGUGGAGGAGCGAUCUGCCAAGUUCAAGGUGCCCAAGAAGGUUUACUUCACCGAGGUGAUGCCCAAGACGGCGACGGGCAAGAUCCAAAGGAGGAUCGUGGCCGAGACCAUGAUGAAGCAGGAGACUCCCAAGGCCAAGCUGUAA